GUGUAGUUCUUUUUGUAACACUCUAUCCACACUUACUGAUGCUCUAUAUCGCUCCAUAACGAGCAUAGGCUGUUUUCCUUCCGAUAAGCAUUGUUGUCUAUAUAUCAUCUUUAUUGCUGCAUUUAUUAACAAUUGCUCGUUGGCAAAGAAAUGAUAGUGAGUUGAAUAUUCUGUUUCUUAUUUCAGGUACUGUUUUUUGUGUCUUUAAAUGGAAGUGAUGCCUUCAUUAUGCUUGUGGUUCAUCAUAGGAUCAUUUGCCUGUGACUCUGAAAUCAGCAAGUGGAAAGGCAUCCUAGCUUCUUGUCCAUCACCACUGUCACAACAGGAGAUUUGUCUAUUUUAAUGGGAGCAAGGAUACGAUUUCAUCUGAGAUGUCAGGAGCAUUGAUCUGGAUAUGGUUUGCCCGCUAAUGGCCAAGCUAGGCAGCUGUCCUAUAAGCCUUCUGAUUGCCAAUAGAGGUUUCUUAAUUAUAAUAACUACACCGCCAAGUUUGGUUGAUAUUCUGUCAAAUCUAUUCCUUGCAUCGUUCCGUGUGGUCUUUAUGUUGUCAGCAUGUGCCGUCUUCUCAAAGACAUGCAUUGAAUUCUCUGUUUCAUCUGCCAAUGAUGUUUCUAAACAGCUAGAGACAUCUCAUGGGUCUAUUCCAUUAGUUUCUUCCCAUCUGCUAAGAUUUCCUAACGACCUGACACAUGAUAUGUACAAUAAUUAUUAAUGUCCAUGCUCUAUUUUUUUGUAAGUUGAACUAUGUUUGGGUUACUCCAAUGCAGGAGGAUAUUAUGGAAUU